UGGCGCCGGGAGAUUCGAUCCGUCACCGCGGUCCUGACUCUGUUAACAGUCCUGGAAGUCACCCCGUAAAACCCAACUCAACCAGACCCUUUUUGAUUUGUGUCUUUACCGCGGAGCCAUGUUGUUACCGUGUGUGGUCUGCCAGAGCGGGAUCAGCAGCCGUUAAACCUUCACUGUCACACAGAUGGAGGCCAUGGAGGUAGACUCUCCUGUGGAAAUGCAGGGAGGAGGCAGCAGACAGCCAGAGGUUGCUGCUGCUGCUGCUGCUGCGGACGCCAACGCACCAUACGUCAUCUCAGAUUCUGGCAGCAGCACUGAGGUGGACGAGGACGAUGACGAUGACAAUGAAGGAGGGCAGACGGCAGCUCGUGCACCUCCCAGACUCCCUGCCACCUGGGCGUUCAGUCAGAGAGCGGUGGGCGUCUCUGCAGCUACACCUUCAGCAGCUCAGGGGGCGCCCAUACGGAGGAGACUCAGGCAGGGCCUCAGGGUGCACUACCCCAGCCAGACUGCAGCGCCCUCCAGAGGCUUUCCAGACUUCCUGCUCCGAGUGCCAGCAGCAAGCGUGGCUGAGCCGGAGUCUGGCAGCACCACAGAGGUCAGCGAGUCUGAAGAGGAGGAGGAAGAGGGGGGUGAAGAAGACACGCCUGCUGCCGUGGAGCCUGCUGAGCCCGUGCCGCCUUCUAGUCCUCGCCUCAAUGCCUCUGUCCAUCAUGCACAACCACAGGAAGUUGGCCCAACCGACUCCAGUUCAGCUGCAGAUGGUGAGAGGACGGACGCUCAGAAUCAGAAUGUCCAGCCUGUCCCUGCGGCCUCGGCUUCCGUCCAGUCAUUGCCCGCUGAAGAGGGCGAAGGCGACACCUGCACCAUCUGCUUUGAGGCGUGGACAACAGCCGGCGAGCACAGACUGUCGGCUCUGCGCUGCGGACACCUCUUCGGCUUCACCUGCAUCCAGCGCUGGCUGAAAGCGCAGGGCCCGGCCGCUAAAUGUCCACAGUGCAACAAGAAAGCCAAACGCUCAGAUAUCGUUCUGCUGUACGCUCCAAAGCUGCGAGCGCUCGACAACUCGGAGCAAGAGAGCUUAAAGAAGUCUCUGGAGCAGGAGCAGUCUCUGAGGAGGAAAGCUGAACUGGAAUCAGCUCAGUACAAACUUAAACUGCAGGUUGUCACCAACAAAUAUGGACAAGCACAACAAGAGCUGCAGGAGCUGAGGGCGCUGAUGGCCCAAGCUGGCAGAAACUCAGCUCCCUCCUCCUCCUCCUCGUCCUCCUCCUCAGCAUCCUCCUCGCUCCUCCUCGGUCUGUCUCAGAGGGCGGACGGCUCCAGGGCAGCACAAUACAGCUUCUCCAAGGCGGUGCUGGUGUCUCAGGCCGGAGGCUCCAGGGUUUUAUCGUACUGUGAACCUCUGAGCUGCCUGCUGGCCUCGCAGCCCUCCCCUCACUCCACACUGGUGCCCGGUUGUGGGGUGAAGAAGGUGAGUGUGGUCAACAUGAAGGCGAGUCAGUACGUCCCCAUCCACAGCAAACAGAUCCGGGGUCUGUCCUUCAACAGGCAGAACGACAGUCUGCUGCUGUCUGCUGCUCUGGACAACACCAUCAAACUGACCAGUCUGCUGACCAACACGGUGGUUCAGACCUAUAACGCAGGUAAACCCGUGUGGAGCUGCUGCUGGUGUUUGGACAACAGCAAUUACGUUUACGCAGGUCUGAUCAACGGCUCUGUGCUCGUCUACGACACCAGAGACACCAGCACACACGUCCAGGAGCUGCAGCCGCUACGCUCCAGGUGUCCAGUGGCGUCUCUGUGUUACGUCCCACGGGCGGCGUCCAGCUCAUUCCCCUGUGGCGGGCUGAUCGCUGGCUCUCUGGAGGGCGGAUGUUUUUGGGAACAGGUCAACGAGACCACAUACAGACCACAUGUCCUGCCGCUGGAGACCGCCGGCUGCACCGACAUCCAGGUGGAGACAGAAAGUCGACACUGUCUGGUUACCUACAGGCCAGGACGCUCCAACCCGUCUCUGCGCUGCGUCCUGAUGUCUCUGAACAGGACGCCUCAGCAGGACUCCUCUCAGCUGCCCAGCUGCUCCUGCUCGCCGGUGCAGACGUUCAGCGCCGGCUCGUCCUGCAAACUGCUCACCAAGAAUGCCGUCUUCAAGAGUCCAGACGGUGGCGGGACGCUGGUCUGCGCCGGGGACGAGGCCUCCAACUCCACUAUGGUGUGGGAUGCAAGCAGCGGCUCUCUGCUCCAGAAGCUCCCGGCUGACCUCCCGGUGUUGGACAUCAGCCCGUUCUCGGUGAACGGCGAGCACUUCCUGGCCUCGCUCACGGAGAAGAUGCUAAAGCUCUACAGGUGGGAGUGAACGAGCAGGAAAUAAAACCUGCGUGGUCUCCGAGCUCGAGGAGCGGACGCCGUCUGAGAGGAACUGAAACCAAAUGCUGCUCAACUUUUAUCUGUUUAGACACGCAAAAAAACUGAUUUCUGGGAGCGAUCGCCCCGAGGAAGCAUUUCACCCUCAUCGGUUUUUACUUUUCUAUACCCAGACGCCCACGUUACUGCUCGUCCGGUGACCUUUGACCUGCACAGAGCCAAAUACUGAGUCAGGUGUGUGAUGACUGGACGGACUGAGCAACGUUGCUCCCAGACACAGUGAUCAGAUUGUGUUUACACGAGUCAAAGGUCAGAUUAUAACGUGCUCAGAUCUUCUCGGCUGCUAAAGACGUUGAGGUGUUGAAAGCUCCGUCGAGUCACUAGAAGGUGUCGUUAAAGGACCAACAUGCCAGUGUGAUGUAGCUCUUCAACUACAAAUCAUGCACACUUUAUUUUUAUGACCUUUUUCAGGCUGUUUUUUGUGUGUGUGUGUGUGUGUGUGUGUGUGUGUGUUUUUCUACAUUUUUGUAUCAUAUGAAAAUCAGUUAACAGACUUGAGAUACUUGUUUGAGUCGUCAAAUCCAUCACAAGUCUACUGCCAGUUAACGCGGGCUGCAACUAACCAUUGGUUUCAAUAUAGAUUCAUCAACAGAUUAUUUUCUAGAGUAAUUAUUUGGUCUAUAAAAUAUCUGAAAGUAGUGAAAACUGUCCGUCCCAGUGUCUCAGAGUCCACGGUGACGUCCUUCAGGCUCGUUUUGUCGAAUCAAACCCCCAAAAUAUUCAGUUUAAUCUGAUAUAAAACACAGAAAUCACAGAAUUUAAGUGGCUAAAAACAUUUCUCAUGAUAUUCUCUUCAAUGAUUAGUCAAUGAUCAGAACAGUUGCAGAUUAUUUCUUCUUAUUUUUCUGUUUCUGUUUUAUUGUUCACCCUUAAAGAAUGAAAAUGUGGUGACGUUGCCCAACAUGACGGCUUUAGGUUGCUUGCAACUAUCCAAAACCUGUAGAGAAAGUUUGUGAUGACAGAAGACGAAGAAAAUCAGAAAGUUGUUAUUAUUCAGGAGCUGAAAGUAUUUUGCUUUUUUUUUAACACGAAAAAUAACUUAAAUGAUGAAUUGAUGAAUCUAAUCCAGUGUCCAGUAUCAUCACCCAGUUUUUAUCUCAGCACAGAUGUUUUCAUGUCAGUUUUUAUAUCAAUGAGAAGACAUGGCAAAGAUGUGUUUGAGGUCAUUUAGAAACAGUGACUCCAUUAAAUAGUUUGUCCACCAGAGAGCAGUGACGCUGUAAUUAUCUUUAGUGCAGUACUUUAAAGGAAUACUUCACCCACAAAGUGACCAUUUUUAUUUCAGUUAAUCGUGCCAUGUUGCCUUCCCUCACAUGCUUCCACAGUGAACGAAGAAUCCAAACAUGGCAGACGUUGUUAAUUUGAAGUAAACAGACCACGUUUAACAACAGUAAAACUAUACCCAACAUUUAAACUCUCACACAACUAGUGCAGGAUAAUUCAAGUCUCAUCUAUCCAGUAGUCAGGGGUGAUGGGACUGAACUGAAAAUGAAACGUAUCUAUGCUCUCUUUAAAGCCAGACCUCAUUUACAAAACACAGUAAUUUUACCUCGCU